CAUUUGCGCAUGCCUGAAGUUUUGAGCAAAAUUCUCACGUUUUCUUCGGAGUUCUCUCACUGUUUAUACUCGCUUAGUUCGUCAAAUAUAGCAUGCCUAAAGUCCGAAGAAGCAGAAAACCUCCACCAGAGGGGUGGGAACUUAUCGAGCCUACAUUAGACGAACUGGACCAAAAGAUGCGAGAGGCUGAGACAGACCCCCAUGAGGGCAAGAGAAAGGUGGAAGCAUUAUGGCCUAUAUUUAGAAUUCAUCACCAGAAGUCAAGAUAUGUUUAUGAUUUAUAUUAUAAAAGGAAAGCCAUUAGUAAAGAGCUGUAUGACUUCUGUCUAAAAGAGGGACAUGCUGACAAGAAUCUCAUUGCCAAGUGGAAGAAACAGGGCUAUGAAAACUUGUGUUGCUUACGCUGCAUUCAGACACAUGACACUAACUUUGGGGCUAAUUGUAUCUGCCGUGUCCCCAAGAGCAAGUUGGAGGAGGGCAAGAUUGUGGAAUGUGUUGUGUGUGGAUGCAGAGGGUGUUCUGGAUAAGAUACUACGGCCACGCUGGCUCUGCUAUAAUACCAGACAUGUUUAGUGGAGUCCCCAAAGUAUGUCAGCCAUCUUUAGAAUGCUGAUCUUGAGUGUCCGGUCCGGUCUCCUAUGAAGUUUAUACCUGAGAAGCCUGAAGCCCAGGCUAGUUUUUUUAUUCAUGUUUCUACACAGAACUUUAUUCUAAGACCCAAAUUAUGUAGAGUACUAUUACAGACCUCAUUCUGUAUUUCAAAUUCUUUUCAGAUUACAUGUAAAAUAAUUUCAUGUGUCUUUACAAGGGGAAAAUGGUGGCAUCUCGGGUGGAAGUAGGAGUGCCAGUCAGGGAAGAAGUGAGAAGGAUUUUAGGAAAGUGGCUGGACUUUUCUGUGGAUUUCAUUAGAGCAGACCUUGACCUUAGGUCUGGUUUAGACACCAUUGUUUCCAUAUGCUGUUACAAAUGUUAAUGUAUGCAAAUAAAGAUAAACCAAUCGA